AGAAAUAAUGGACGUAGCAAGAAGAACCGAGGACACGUCUGCUAUGUAAGAUGUACCAACUGUGCUCGUUGUGUCCCUAAAGACAAGGCCAUUAAGAAAUUUGUUAUUAGAAAUAUUGUAGAGGCAGCUGCUGUCCGAGAUAUUUCUGAGGCUAGCGUUUAUGAUGUUUAUGCAUUACCCAAAUUGUAUGCCAAGCUAUUAUAUUGUGUAUCUUGUGCUAUUCACUCGAAAGUGGUCCGAAAUCGCUCUAAAGAAGGAAGAAAAGAUAGAACUCCCCCAAUCAGGUUCAGACCUAUGAGAGUAAGUUUCUUUAAAUUUCUUUUGUUUACUGAAAAAUUCCACAUGUGGGUACAAAAAUGUUUUGAAAUGCUUAAUUUCUUAAGUAAUAUUUGCUGCUGUUUAACCCAUCAGGUUAUUCUUUAG